AGUCUGUCUAAACUUGCAUAACCGGUUGAGUUCAAAGUACAGAGAGAGAGAAGAUAAGCAUAGUGUUUGACACAGAAGGGCUGCAACAUUUUAUAAGAGCAGAAAAAUUACAGGAUUUACAGGAACUACAUUGUUUCAACAUAAUGGAAAUCCCAGACUUGUCUUCAAUGAAACUAUCUAGCCGACCUGAGCUGUUUGAUUUUGAGGGUGUUUCUAUGAUCCACUACUUCACUGACAACUGGGAAAAGGUGAAAAACUUUCAAGCAAGACCUGAUGACAUUCUAAUCGCUACUUACCCCAAAGCAGGUACCACCUGGGUGUCAUAUAUUCUAGACCUUCUGUACUUUGAUAACGAUUCUCCAGAGCGCCAGACUUCCCAGCCUAUCUAUAUGAGAGUGCCGUUCCUGGAGUCAUGUUUUAAAGUGAUACCAUCAGGGACAGAACUAGCUGAUAAUCUGCCCACUUCUCCUCGCCUCAUCAAAACUCAUUUACCUGUUCAGCUUGUGCCCAAGUCCUUCUGGGAGCAAAACUCAAGGAUUGUAUAUGUAGCACGGAAUGCAAAAGACAAUGCAGUUUCCUAUUUUCAUUUUGAUCGAAUGAACAUGGGACAACCUGAACCAGGAGACUGGAACACCUUCUUACAGAAAUUUAUAGAAGGAAAGAAAGUGUUUGGUCCUUGGUAUGACCAUGUCAGUGGAUGGUGGGAGAAAAAACAGACUUAUUCUAACUUACUGUACAUGUUCUAUGAGGAUUUGGUUGAAGACACAGGACGUGAGGUGGAACGUUUGAGCUCCUUCUUGGGUUUGUCAGUCUCAACUAAAGAGAGGGAGAAAAUAACAAAAGGGGUUCAAUUCGAUGCCAUGAAACAGAACAAAAUGACCAACUAUUCCACUAUCCCAGUCAUGGACUUCAAGAUCUCACCCUUCAUGAGGAAAGGUAAAGUUGGAGACUGGAAAAAUCAUUUCACUGUAACACAAAAUGAACAGUUUGAUGAAGACUACAAACAGAAGAUGAAGAACACCACUGUCAAGUUCCGCACUGAGAUUUGAUUGUUAUUUAUAUAUCAUUUUUUGAUCUGGGUAUGUGAAAAGUCAGGGGGGGAAAUCUGGGAACGCUGAAUAAAAAUAUCAAUCUGAAUAUUAAUAUUUUAUGUUAAAAUAUAUUCCAGUUAUAUGUACAUAUUCCAUAUGCCAGUGUAAUAUGCAAUAAAGAAAACUAUAAUUGCAGCAUUAACAA